AUGGCUACAAACCUACGAAAAACCCACCCAAUAAUAAAAAUUAUCAACAACCUAGUCAUCGACCUACCAAGCCCCUCCAACAUCUCUGCAUGAUGAAACUUCGGAUCACUACUAGCCACCUGCCUAGCACUACAAAUUAUCACCGGAAUCUUUCUAGCAAUACACUACUCACCAGACAUCUCCAUAGCUUUUUCAUCAAUUGCUCACAUCACCCGAGAUGUACAAUACGGCUGACUUAUCCGUAACAUACAUGCUAACGGCGCCUCCCUAUUCUUCAUAUGUAUCUACCUCCAUAUUGGACGAGGAAUUUACUACGGUUCCUACCUAUAUAAAGAAACCUGAAACACUGGAAUCAUCCUUCUACUAUUAGUCAUAGCUACCGCAUUCGUAGGCUACGUCCUACCAUGAGGACAAAUAUCAUUUUGAGGGGCCACCGUCAUCACAAACCUACUCUCAGCCAUCCCAUACAUCGGCAACACACUAGUACAAUGAAUCUGAGGAGGGUUUUCAGUAGACAAUGCAACCCUAACCCGAUUCUUCACCUUCCACUUCCUAUUACCAUUUGCCAUUACCGGCCUUACAGCAGUACAUCUAUUAUUCCUGCACGAAACAGGAUCAAACAACCCAACAGGAUUAAAUUCAAAUACCGACAAAAUCCCCUUCCACCCCUACUUCUCCUACAAAGACUUACUAGGACUCAUUUUAAUACUAACUUUCCUCCUAACCUUAACACUUUUCUCCCCCUACUUACUAGGAGACCCAGACAACUUCACACCAGCCAACCCUCUAUCCACUCCUCCCCACAUCAAACCAGAAUGAUACUUCCUAUUUGCCUACGCAAUCCUACGAUCAAUCCCAAACAAACUAGGCGGAGUACUAGCCCUACUAUUCUCCAUCCUAAUUUUAUUCCUAAUACCCACCUUACACACGUCAAAACAACGAACAGCCUCAUUCCGACCACUCACCCAAAUCCUAUUCUGAUCCCUAGUAGCUGACCUCCUAGUACUAACAUGAAUCGGAGGACAACCAGUCGAAGACCCAUUCAUUAUCAUCGGCCAAGUAGCCUCUACAUUUUACUUCCUAAUCUUACUACUCCUUAUACCUGCUGCAGGUAUAAUCGAAAACAAAAUACUAAACCUAAAAU